AUGGCACGAAAUGAAAAACUUGCUGAAAACGAUUUACAUUGGGACGAUGUAGCCGAUUUAAUUUUAAGAUGCAGAAGGGAACGAGACAUAUGUUCACCUGAUGAUAUAUAUGUACACCAAGCCAGUGACCCAAUUGGUUGUCUAUUUUUUUCUGUACAGCAUUUUAACUCUAUUCAAAGUGUUAUCGAUAAGUCCUCAUUAGUCUUACAUUUAGAUGCUACUGGAUCUGUAGUGAGAAAAAUAAAUGCAAAGGGCAAAAGGGUAUAUUAUUAUGCCGGUGUUGUGAAUAUAGAUAGUAAAUUAAUACCUUUAUUGAAUUUUGUAUCAUCCGAACAUAACAUUGCGGCUAUUAGCUGUUAUUUGAUGCGUUUCAAACAAAGUUUUGGACAAAAGUGGCCAAUAUUUAGGACUGUUGUUUUAGAUUUUAGCAUGGCAUUGUUAAGUGCAGUUUGUGAAUCCUGGAACAAAUUGAGUUUAAUUGAUUAUAUUAAUAAUUGUUAUAAAUACUGCAAAUCUGACGAACCAAAUCAACAAUUUAUUGUUAUACUGCUGUGUGGUUCACAUUUUCAACACAUGAUAUCUAGAUGUGUCAAAUCCAUCACAAAGAGCAAAAAAAUUCAUGACUUUAUUUUGGACUGUACCGCAUUAUUGAUCAUAAGUACAAAUCUGAAUUCAAUAAGGACUACUAUCCGAUUAAUGUUUAAUAUUCUCCUAAAUCGGAAAAAAACUUUGUGCUGUGCUCACAGUAUGAACGCGUUAAGUGAUCAGUGUCAUUCGGUUAAAGCAAAAGAACCAACAAGCAAUGAUUACGUUUCUGAUGACGAAGCAAAGUUUAUCUAUGGCAACAGCAGCAACUUUAAAGAGAAAAGUAUGUUUUAUGUUGAUUUUGAAAAAAUGUAUAGAACUGUCUCUGAUACAUGUAAAAUAACCGACAAUUGUGAGUUACUACCCAAUAAUGAAUAUUAUUGUGAAUUGUUUGCAAAAAACUUUCUGAAUUUGUAUUUACCAUUCACUUGUAUGUGGACAAGAUUGAUGAUGCCACAAGAAGUUAUGUCAAAAUAUUCGGUUAAAACUGUUACAAACGGUAAUGUAGAAAAGCAUUUUGAUAACGUAAAAAAUUCUUUGAUGAAAGGUGAAACAAAUAUGAAACUUGGUCGUUUUGUUAAUAAAAUUCAAAUUUACACUGAAGCUGUGUGUAAAGAAAUAAAAGAUAAAAUACCAAGGGUAUUAUACAAACGUAAAAAAAACCAAAUACAAAUUCCAUUUAGACAUUUUUUAACAGACCAUAAUUAUGCAUUAUUGAGUUCACAGUUUAAUAAAAAAUGUAAACAGAGUAGCUCAGAAUGGGAUGAUGGUAAAACAUUUUACCCUGGUAUAAACGAUCAAAAAUAG